GCCUGCAGACCGGACAGGCAGCAGAAAAGCACCAAUCAGCAGGAAGAGCCACGUCCUUAUUUGGAUUUAAGUCCCCGUGAGUGACCGAGAGACUUCACCCCGGAGUGGCUCCAGUGAACAUGCUCUCCCCGGGACUCUGCGUGUCUCUGCUGGCCGUGUCCUGCGCCCUGUGGCCGGCUGCGGUCCGGGCGGCGUCCUGCGAGUCGGUGCGGAUCCCGCUGUGCCGGUCCAUGCCGUGGAACAUGACCAAGAUGCCGAACCACCUCCACCACAGCACGCAGGACAACGCGGUGCUGGCCAUCGAGCAGUACGAAGGGCUGCUGGGAACUGGCUGCAGUCCGGACUUGCUCUUCUUCCUGUGCGCCAUGUACGCUCCCAUCUGCACCAUCGACUUUCAGCACGAGCCCAUCAAACCCUGUAAAGCGGUGUGCGAGCGGGCAAAGUUAGGCUGUGAGCCGGUGAUGAAGCGUUACAACCACAGCUGGCCUGACAGCCUGGCCUGCAGCGAGCUGCCGCUGUACGACCGCGGAGUCUGUAUCUCACCUGAGGCCAUCGUUAAGGCAGAGGGACCAGAUCCAUACCACCAGGACCCAGCCAGGUGUAACCCAGAAUCCAGUCCAGACUUUCCAAUGGACUCCAACAACCUCCACUGCAGAGGAACAAAUGGAGAUCGCUGUAGGUGUAAGAUAGUCAAGAUGGGUUUGAAAAACUACCAGAGGAACAACUACAACUAUGUGAUCAGAGCCAGGGUGAGGGAGGUGAGGAACCGCGGUCUGGAGCCCACAGCGGUGGUGGACGUGAAGGAGGUGCUCAAGUCUUCUCUGGUCAACAUUCCCAAGGAGACGCAGACGCUCUACUACUCUUCCUCCUGCCUGUGUCCUCCUCUGUCUCCUGGGGAGGAGUAUCUCAUUAUGGGCUACGAGAACGAGGAGACGUCCAGGUUGCUCCUGAUUGACGGCUCCAUUGCUCAAAGGUGGAAGGAAAAAAUGGGCAGGAAGAUCAAGAGAUGGGAUCAGAUCCUGCAGGGAAAAGGCCGAGCAGCUCAGCGCCGGGGUCGCCACUGAGAUCUGUCUGUGUUUGUAUGUGUGUGUGUGUGUGUGUGUGUGUGUGUGUGUGUGUGUGUGUGUGUGUGUGGAUAUUGCACUAUAACAGGCUGUUGUAGCUGAAUGUAGUUCAUCUCUUCAUCUAUCAGACUGUUUGGAGUCAGAUUUUUGUCUUUUGUUUUCUUUGCACAAACAUUAGUGUGUGUGUGUGUGUGUACACCUAAAGCACUCAAAGACAAGAGAGGGGGUGGAGCUUUGAAGCUGUAGUACUAAACCCUACGCAAAGCCAUACAUUAUGUACAUGACACUUUUUUGGAACAAGUUUAUUUUCAGUGGUGGCCAUGUUGGCCCCACAGUCCCUCUCCAUGGUCACAGUCUUUAGAUGUUGGCUGCGUUACUAUGGCGAUGUGGCGGAGGACAGUAAAAGCCAUUUGGACCUGGACAUUUUGGACUAUGACAGAUCUGUAACCGUGACCUUAACGUUAGUGAACUCUGCAAAAAAGGAAAGUAUAAUACCACUUUUUUCAGAUGGCAACUAGACCAACUGAAACUACAGCAACCAGGAACAAGGCCAACAGCAACUAGGAACAAGCAACAAGACCAACGGCAACUACAGAAACCAGGAACAAGCAACCAGACCAACGGCAACUACAGCAACCAGGAACAAGGCCAACAGCAACUAGGAACAAGCAACAAGACCAACGGCAACUACAGAAACCAGGAACAAGCAACAAGACCAACCGCAACUACAGCAACCAGGAACAAGCAACAAGACCAACAGCAACUCCAUCAACCAGGGCAGCAGCAGAAUGUGGGCAGAUGGAAAGUUGUCAUGAGUAUUGUUGGAUCCGGUGGCUCCUCUGGUCUCAAUGUGUCAUGAUAACAGAAAACGACGAAUGUCUGUGUUACAAAUUGUUGGACAGGAAAUCUACACUCAGUGGACACUGUAUUAGGUACAGCUAUAUGAUCUAAUGCAAUUAAAUACAACAGCUUAGCCAUACAUUUUACAUUAUUAGGUGCAUUUUUAUGUCCUCCUUUGUUUACAUAUAUGAUGGGGCACAAUAUUACAAACACCUUUGAAUAGCCAAACCUUUGACACCAACAUAUAAUUAAACAGCUCUAUGACGUAAAAAACUGAACAUUAUAGGCAACAUAAAAAUACUUCCUAAAGUGGCCACUGAGUCCAUGUACUUUUGGAAGAGUGGAGUGUGCCAUUGGACUUUUUUUCGAUCAAUUAUUAAGUU